AUGGAGUUAGAAGAAACUCUGUCUAAAGAAAGAAAUAAAUUAAUGCAGAUAAAGGAUAAUUUAGCUUCAGCACAAAAGGCAUUAUUAGAGAAAGAUUCCCUUCUUCAAGAAGCUAAUGCUCAUUUAGCAGAGCAGAUUUCGAAAGUAUCCGCAGACUAG